AAAAUCUGACAAAACCCAAUUAUCUUAUCUCAUCUUAUCCAAUGAAUCAAAAACACCCCCUUCAACUGAUCAUAUAUUGUCAACUCCAAAACACACGAAACUCACCUAGAAAACAACAUUUUUUUGAUUUGUUAUUGUUCUGAAGCUUUAACAAUGUCAAGAAUGUCAGAGAAGGAUCUUAACACCAUGAGAAGGAGAGUGGCAUCAGUUGCAAACCAUCUUUUGCCUGCUUUUUCUUCUUCAUCUCAACAUGUUGUUUCUUCAAUUGGGUGUAGCUCUUCCAUUAAUGAUAAUUACCACAGAAUUCAUGGUGAAGUCCCAACCCACGAGCCCUUUUGGAGACUCAUUCCUUCUGACGAGAAUGGGAAGGAUUUUACUGAUAUCAUUUAUGAGAAAGCUGUUGCUGAACCCAUUGCUAAGAUAACCAUCAAUAGACCGGAUAGAAGAAAUGCUUUUCGACCACACACCAUUAAGGAGCUUAUUCGUGCAUUUAACGAUGCCAGGGAUGACGGUUCAGUGGGAGUCAUCAUCCUCACAGGAAAGGGUACAAAGGCAUUUUGUAGUGGUGGUGAUCAGGCAUUGAGAAGUAAGGAUGGUUAUGCUGAUUUUGAAAGUUUUGGUCGCCUCAAUGUUUUAGAUUUACAGGUGCAAAUUCGCCGUCUUCCAAAACCAGUAAUCGCAAUGGUUGCAGGUUAUGCUGUUGGAGGCGGACACAUCUUGCAUAUGGUUUGCGAUCUAACAAUUGCAGCAGACAAUGCUAUAUUUGGUCAGACAGGCCCAAAGGUAGGAAGUUUUGAUGCUGGUUAUGGAAGUUCAAUUAUGUCUCGUUUGGUUGGGCCGAAAAAAGCUCGUGAAAUGUGGUUUUUGACAAGGUUCUACACAGCCUCUGAAGCAGAGAAAAUGGGACUUGUGAAUACUGUUGUUCCAUUAGAUAAGUUGGAAACAGAAACAAUAAAAUGGUGUAGAGAGAUCUUAAGAAAUAGUCCUACAGCAAUACGGGUGCUAAAAUCGGCUCUCAAUGCAGUUGAUGAUGGACAUGCUGGACUUCAGGGGCUUGGGGGAGAUGCCACUCUUCUAUUUUAUGGAACUGAAGAAGGCAGCGAAGGCAAGAAUGCAUAUAAUGAACGUAGACGACCAGAUUUCUCAAAGUUUCCCCGGCUGCCUUGAGUUUCCACUGUUCUUGUUAUCUGUUAGUACAUUCCUUAUGAUGGUAUACUAAUUAUGCCAUACUAAUAAAUUUUCCUUUAAUUUAUUUACUUAUUUGGAAUAAAAGAGUCCAAAUGGAGUGACAUUGGUGAUGAGGAUUCAUAUGACCAAUCUCAACUUACUCGGGGUUGAGCUGUAGUUUGUCAUAUAGGAAUGCUGAUUCGAUUAGAGACCCGCGCGCGCAGUUUGUGACUGACAAAUGAAUUUUGGACUCAGCUCUUUGUCUCACAAAUAAACUACAGUACCUACAAGAUUGAGACUACUCAUUUUAUCCAAAAGCUACAUUACACAAAUAAGGCUGUGAUCACCAACCAGAUGGAUCUCGACCUUCUUUUAUUAUAGCAAAAAUAGCAUGAUAAUAGAAUGGUCAAAAGCUUAAAGUUGUAACUGUAAGGAGCUGAAAGUUUAUAUUUAUCCAUCGAAGCUUCGGAUUGCGUAGAA